GAAACUUCAACAUUACGCAUAUUAUUCCACAUGUUAAGGUUGUUCAGGCUUGGUGCAUCGUUCUUUAUGAAAUGAUGUGUUAUGAUAAUGAGUUAAUUUACAUACGUGAAUGCAAUGCAAGAUUAUUUAGUUGACUGGACUGCAUCGUCUUCUUUGUCAAUGUUUGCAGUGUGAGAGGUCUGGUCUUCUUGUCAGCUUAAUAAGACUCAUUAAACACCAAUGUUGUAAUGGAAAUGAGGAUGGGUAAAGCUCAAUAUCAGCUACAAUACGAUUACCAAUAUUCUCAUUCAUACCACUUUUGACCAAGGGAUAUCAGACUUGGCGAUGAAAUGGGGCAGUAUUAUUAAUAAAUUUAAACGGACGAUUCUGAUUUAAAUCUAGGCUAAUAUUUGUUUCAGGCAAGCAAAAUUUUCAAAAUGGAAACCUUAAGGUUAGCUAUAAUUAUAGCAAGUUUGGUGUUCAGUGAUUACACAACUUCGUCGGGAUCAUUUCCAGAAAAUAAGUAUCAAUUUAUUGAACGCGUGUGGCCAACUAGUGCACCUUCUCAGCUAACAAUUGUGGAAUCUGUAAAAAUCGGAGACCUAAAUCAAUUCCAAAUUUCAUCUCGUGCUAAAACGGAAACAUUUAUAAAAUCAAAACGGAGCAAUCCAGAACCCGAGACUCCGUCAACGUCACCUUUUUGUCCUUGGGGGAUCUGCAAAUUUCCAGGAUUCUUGUUUGGUGCAUUCUUCAAAGUCCCUGAAGACAUGUUGCCCCCAGUUCCGUCUCCAGAUCUCUCCGAAGACAACAAUCCUGGCAAUGUCAUCUUCAUCAAAACAUCGCCGGAUGAGCCGAUGGUCAAGAAACCAGUCGCAAAACCGGAGAAGACCGUGAUAUAUCUUCUCCCUCAACGGGAUCAGCACGACUACAGAGAGAAAAAUCAAGACUUGGCCGAGGAUGAGAGCAGAAAUGCAUUUCAUGACAAGUUUGAAGUCGUCUACUUGACCGGGAUGACGAUGACCAAUAUCAAGAAGUUGAAGAAGGAAGAAAGCGAAUCAAAACCGAUUCGGAGAGCUGGGAAACGAGUUGUGAGAAAAGUAAUGAGACGAUUACCAAGACGCCGAGAAAAUGGGUAUUCUCAAAUCGUAAAAUCUGUAACUGUGUCAUAUUCUGUCAGGAUAAAUUAAUGUGUAUAAAUAGUGGGUACGAGUUGCAAGUGUGUACAUAUACUUUUAAAGCGCUAAAAUUUGUAAUAAACACAAAAUUAUGCGUCCAAGUGCAUAAGAAGAAAUGAUAUCACUUCUCAA